UAAACUGUGAACAGCUCAGGACAACCAAUCUUCAGCUGCCCUGAUGCUAUCAUCUGGGGUGGAAUCUCUCCUUGAUUCUUCUGUGUCUGCUGUAAUAGAGGAAUUGUACACUGGACUGCCAGAGAGCAUCUCCACUGAACUUAUGGCUGUAUCGGAGCCUAACGUUGGAUUAGAUGCAAAAUCGGAUGUAUCGACGCCUGUGCUGGCACGCAGUGACAGCCCGUCAGCUGGGCAUCAUAGGACUUCUGGAGUAGAAAAGUUUUGCCAAAAGACAGAGGAUUUGGGUGAUAUGCUCAAGGUGAUUUCUCAUGGGCCAGCAGAAUCCCUUACUGAAGAAUUACUAAAGGCUGGAGAUCUUGAAGAGGAUGAAGAAAACAAAAAAAGAAACUUUAGGAAACUAGACUGUUCUAGGGAUGGAUACCAGAAAGAAGACAAAGAGGCACAAGAUGCUGAGGAGUAUCACGCUGAAUGCUGUGCUUUAAGACCUGGGGAAAGUUGUUCAAAACAAGAGGACCCUCACUUAAACCAGGAUGAGGUGAAGUCUUUGAGAACCUGUUGCACUGAAAUAACAGGAUCUCUGAAGAACACAGGAGAAAACCAAGCAAAUGUUCAGGUGACAGCUGAAACUCUGCCAAAGCUCACUGAAGAAGUACAAGGUAUGAAGGCUGAUGGGACUAGGAUAUUUAGUAAAGCAGGAUACAGGAAUGACAGAGUGAGUAAAGGUCUUCCACCUGAGCGCAAUGAAUGCCCAGACGUAGACACAGUCAUGGCCAGAGCUGGGGUUUCUGGAACCAGCACGUUAGUUUUUUUAGAGCCUUUAAAAGUCAUGGACGUUGAAUCGGCCACAGAGCAUCCACAAGAAAAAAAUGAAUAUAAUGGGUUGAAAGCCCAUACUGCCAUGCCAUUGAGAACAGGGGGUAAUGUUGUAUCUAAUUUGGAGACUAGAGAAGAAAAGUUACCCAGAAAAAAUCCUGUUAAUGAAUUCAGUACAUCACUUGCUAAGCAGGAUGAAGAAAACAAUGCUCAUGACUUCUGUACUGGUCCUGUACCUAAACAUAAUGAACCUCAUAGGUUGUCAUCAGUAGAAAGCUGUAGAAUACUCUCCACAAAAAGUUCUGAAGUUGUAUGUUCAGUUCUGAAAAGCACCGGUUGUCUGGACUUCAGAAAUACGCCACUAGAAAACAAUAGUACUGCAGUCCAUGGAAUUAUCAGUGAAACCCCCCAAAAGUAUCUUCCCCAAAACAUCGAAAGUCAGACUCAUUAUGAUCGUGGAAUUGGGUUUGUAGAAAAUCAAACCUCCACAUCUGUACCAGUAGAGCAGAUUUCAGUGGUAAGGAGCAAAGGAUUGUGUAGUGCUAAAAUUGAUCACAGGGAAGUAAGUGCUAGUAUCGGUAAAUCAUACAGCUCUGAAUUUGAAGAAGCUGCUGAAGUCCGCACAAAAAUUGCUGGGGGACAUAACAUUGAAGUUCGUAGCUGGCCUGAAGCUCAAGAAAGUGCUAAUUCUGAGCAUUGUCAUUCUUCAGUUUUUAGUUCUGUUUCUUCAUCUCCUGAGGAGUUCUCAAAAGAAAAAUUUAAAAUGGUCCCAUCAGAAGGUGUGAAAAAGGACGAGGGGCAAUUCUCUGUCAGUGACGUAUGCAAGGGUGAUACAAAAGAAAAUAGUCUAUUGAUGGAAACGAGCAACAUUGCUUCCUGUGAAAUUGGACAAGCAGACAUAUGCUUUUAUAAUACCUCCAGUAAAAUUUCUCCUCCCAGUAGCCACAGCUGUCUGGAUCUUGGUACCAAGCUACAAAAAGAUGCACCUGAGGCACAAGUGCUUGAAAAGCAAUCUGAAAGUAAUACAACAUCAGAAGAGUUGGCUGGCAGUUUAGUUGAAGCUACAGAAGUUAAUAGUAAUGACAGUUUGACCACUGGCAAAGAAACUAAUUUGAUUUAUACACUAAAUGUAACUCUAUCUCCUGUUGCACAAAAAUCAAGAGAACCUUAUCGUAAUGAGUGUCCUCCUUGUACUAAUAAUGAAGUUUCAAGCAGGGACGAGGCUCAGGAUAAUCCAUCUGGAAAAGAGUCAGUUGAUGCUUCUGGAACAACAGGGGAACAAGUCACUGAAGUUGUGCUUCAUAAAGAUAAAUUUAAGUCCUCAUUAAGUUCCAGGACUUUUGAUAACCCUAAUAUGACAAGAAAAAUUUCCCAAAAGAACAUGAAGUCUUCAGCGGGAAAUAUAGAGACUGUGGUCAGUGGUUUAGAAAAUGAACAUAGUGACGCAUGGAAUUGUAAUAAUCAGAGUAUAGAAGACCAGUGUACAGCUGCCAGUACUUCCUGUAUUUUAUCAGGGAGUACACAUGUAGAUAAUGUUCUCCCAAACAGUCAUUCUUUUAAUGUUGAGGUUGAUAAGAAGAUCGAAGAAACUGAUAAUUUGGAAAGAGAAGCUUCAGCUGGAUAUAAUAGUAAAAAGGCAAUCAUCUUUCCAGAAGCACACUUCCCUUUGGCAUGUGGAUCUCUUCCUUGUGAAGAUGACUGGGGCAACAGAGGUGUAGAUCUGCAUGGGAUAAAUGACAUUUCCACAGCAAAACCCAUGUUUUGCUCAGCUUAUACUGCAGAGAAGUCUCUUGCUACCUUGGUAAGAGAUGAGAUUUCAAAUAAGAGUAUGGAGGUUGUGAAACAAUUUGAUCUUUGUAAAGUAACAGAUGGCAGUGAAAUUGUUUGUGACAGAGAUGAGGCAAAAGAACAAAUCGGCAUGUGUGCUCUCCAGACUGAUGAAUUUGAUAAAAUAAGAACUGUGGAUUCUCCAAAGGCUCCUGAAGGCAAUCAGAGAAAUAAGACUAGUGAACAGCUACUAGUCAGAUACUUGAACAAAAAAACCUGUGUUCAUAAUUUUGGAUUUUGCAACUCUCCAUUAGGCCCAAAGAAGAGAGAACUAGGCACAUAUGAGAAGAAAGAAGUGUCAUCACUCACAGCUAAUCCCUCUGAGUGUAGUGCUUCAACCUGUGAUACAUGUCCAUUACUCAACAACAUGAAUAUUCAAACACAACUUGCUAGCCAAACAGAAAAGACCCUUCGUCCAAUGGAAAAUCAGUGUCUUGCAUGUCAGAGUGAGUUUGAUGGCCGAGUUCCAGGCAGCAAGCAGCAUUUAGAAACCUUAAACAAACAACCAAGCACUGGCUUACAAACUACGGCUACUUUUGUGGAAGAAACCAAAAUAUCAAUUGGCACUAGUCAAAGUGAAGAGAUACUAUUAAAAACAAGUGACAACCUGCCUCCAUUAGUUCAUAAAUAUGCAAGAGAAGACAGUUUUCAAGGAACUCUAAAAGAGAAUGUAGUGGAUUUGGACUCUUUAAAUGGUGUGAGAAAUGAAGACUGUUCAGGAUAUGUGGGCUUCAUCAGUGAUCUAAUUGAAGAGAAGACAAUCAAACUAAAAGAACAUGAGAAAGAAUGUGAAAGAGAAGAUAAAGGAACUCUUGAAGAAAGCUUUUCUGAUAGCAAAUCACAUUGCUCACAGCAUGCUUGCUUUAUCAAAUCUGAAAAAGAGAAAGCAGAGCUAGUAUUUGCAGGUAACAAAAUGCAGCAAUCUUUGCCAAAGAUGAAGUGGUUGGUGGAGAACCAGGAAAAUACAGUUAGUGCCCAAUUUUCGCUCUUCUCAUCAAUUCAUGCGAGUCUGUUAUAUAAGCCAGAAAAUAUGAAUGUAUUUUCAGAGACAGAAAACAAAAAAAGUCUGAGAAUAAAAUCUAUCUUAAAUAACCCUUGCCCACAGUUAACAUUUGAGUCUGGUAAAGAAACUGAUGCUCAAAAGGGUCCAUCCGAUUUCGAAAAAUUUGACAUCCAAGAAUCUUUUAAUGAGACUCAGGCGGAUUCAGAAACACCAUCAGCUCUGAACUUGGGAAUCUCUCUGCCUGAGAAAGAAAAGCUGUGUAUGUCAUCUGAGAACACACAAAUAGAUAAUUGUGAUCCACCUUCAGCUGAAGUUUUUAGGAAAGAUUCUUCCAUGACAAAACCUCUUUCUGUAACAACGUUUGUUAAGAGAAAAGCCAGCAAUACUGAGAUUCCAUCUUCAGAGAAUGAAACGGCAACUAGCUUUCGGAAUGGUGCAAAAAGCUCAGGCAUUUGUGCACACAGCAAAGAAAGUCUGAGAGAUGAGGGGCAUAGCGUGCUAACUGUAAAAGACAUGGAUGUGACCUCACCAGAAAGUACUCACUGUGGAGAGAAGUUUAUGAAUACAUGUGUAGAAGAGAAGAUGGGAAGAGAAGUAGUCCCUAGAAAAAAGUUGCCCAUAGAUUCUUUUCUUGAUGGAGAAGAUUCUCUAUGGGCCUUGUUAAAAGAUUCAAAAGAGUCUGGCAACAAAAUAGUCCCUCUCAGUACUGAGAAUUAUGGAAAGGUUUUGGAAGAAAUCCCAAGAUCUAACGUAAGUAAUCUUUCAAAAGAAAGAAAAAAUGAUACAAAGCUCACAAACUUAGCAGGUACCAGUCUCCUUUCAGAAACUAUGCGUGAUUGUCAAGCUGAAGAUGCGUCUGAUGCAGAAACUUCACCAGAAUUGCAAUAUAAUACAGCACCUGCAUUUUAUCCACGUAUGAGUAUACUAUCAAACAGUUGCAAAGAAUCAUCCCCAAACUGUGUGGUUUGCAGUGGAGUAAGUGUGCCUUACAAAUUAAUUGCACAGAGCAAAGGUAAUGUAAAGGAGAUUACAGAAGGCCAGGAUGCUAUUAUACCAACUCGUUCAGUUUGCAAGGAAAAGGAGGCUUUAGGUUCAGAGAGACUUGAUCAAAUAGAAAAAUGUCAGGUACUUAAACGAAAGAAGAAAUAUGAAAAGGUGGAAGCACAUCUGUCAGACAAGGCACAACAAGAACAGAAGUCAGAAUACCAAAAGAAAGCAAAAAUCACACUGCAGCCAAGUAUGUUGCACAGUUCUGAACUCUUGUGCAGCUCUUCAAAUCACCUGGUGACAUCAAGAAAUAUGAAGUCUGAAGGUCCUCCAGAGGAGAUCUUUGCUGUCAGAAGCAGUGAAAAUAAACUAUGUAGCACUUUACAAGAAGUCAAAAGGCCAAAGAUUACCACAGAUAUUAUUAGUUCACAGUUUUUGAAGACUCAGGAUUCAGAAAUGGAAAACCUGAACCUUAAUUUAGGGUAUGAUGGAAUCCCUGGUGCCUUUGGAACUACAAAUAAACUAAGAGGACCUCUUCCAUUAAAAAGACAGCCUGGAAGGAUGUGCAAAAAAGUUCCCACAUCAUAUCAGCUAAAUACUGUAAGAAAAAGCAAAAAAAUUAAAAGUUCACCUUUUUUUGAAAUUCCCCCGGAAAUAUUCCCUAAACAGGAAAACACACUUCUCAAAUCUUUGUACUUUCCAUGUAAACCACCGACAAUGGAAACUGAAACAGCCAUGAGAUCUGUGCAUAUGCCAAGGCAGAGGGACAAGAGGUGCAGUUUGUUGAACAGCUUGAAAUUUAGAAAAUGUACCAAAGAACGAGCAUUGUUGAGCAAGCUGACUGCAACGGCUAGCAAGCUCCUGGCACCUGCCAGAAGCAUCCCUAACCUAGACCCUCUGCCAUAUUCUUCUGAAAUUCUUCCAAUGGGUGAGAGGCACAGCCAACGUACAUCUAAAAAUCUAUUGGAAGCCUUUUCUUGCAUUAACAGGAACUUACAUUCACGCUGGGCUGACAGUUGGUGCACCAAGAUGUUCAGCUUUCAGCCUUUGGCACUUUAUCCUGUAGAAUCUACCAAAAUACUUUUUUCAGACUUGAGCCACAAGCCUCCAACCUCUUUCUUGGAUACCCCAGUUUUCCCAAUUUCUUUUCACAUAAAAUUGGACUCCAGUCAUGUGGCAGACCUCACAGGGAUUACAUCCCAGCACUCUGUACAUCACAGAUCAGUUUUGGGAGAAAUGCCAGCACCACCUUCAAACUGGACUUUUUCUUUUCUCCUGUCUCAGAGCUGUUCAGAUACAACAGCUUUCAAGGAAGAUUCCAGUCUAAAUAAUGAGCUGCAUUCCUCUAUCUCUGUAACAACCCCAAGGGCUGUUGCCUUUCAUCCUGACCGUGGAAGAAAUGCCAUAGCUGAAAGAAGAGGAAGUUCCUCCAUGCUUGGCCUUCACACAGUGUUAGCACUUUCUUCCCCUGGAUGUUACAGGAUUUGGACAAGAAGAAGAAAUUUAACCAGUCAUAUUCCUACCAUCCAGAGACUAUUUAUAUCGCAAUUCGCACAGGGUUUGAAAGGGGCAAGGUAUCCAACUUCUGUAUCAGAUGACCUCGUCUCUUCAUUGCCAUACUCAUUGGGCAGGGUACUAUCCAUAUGGAGUCAGCAUGGUCCUUCUGCCUGCCCCUCCGAAAUCACUCCUCUCCAUUCCAAUCACUGCAAGUGGCAGCCAAGUGUGGGCAUCGAGAACAGCUAUGCCAUGUUACCGCACUUACCUGUACAGAGUAUGGAAGCACUACAGGCUGCAGGUCAUGAGAUACGCCUGGAAACUUCAUUCCCUCUUCCGUUACCAAAGUCUUGCUCACUUCCAGAACCAUCACCAUCUCCCCCCAGGCUUUCAGCCUCUGAGCUCCAGGUCCGUGCCCUUGAUGAAGCUGAUGCUUCCGUUCCAGCCUGUCUUAGACCCCAGGAUGACACAGAACUGAAAAAAACUGAGUCAGAAAAGAGGCCAAAGAAAGUCUCACAAAUCCGAAUCAGGAAGACUGUUCCUAAGCCAGACCCUAACCUUACUCCAAUGGGACUACCGAAACCAAAAAGGCUUAAGAAGAAAGAAUUUAGUUUAGAAGAAAUUUACACAAACAAGAACUAUAAGUCCCCUCCUCCAGCCAGGAGCUUGGAAACAAUCUUUGAAGAGCCCAAGGAGAAAAAUGGACGCUUGAUCUCUGUCAGCCAGCAGAAGAGAAAGCGGAUUCUAGAGUUUCAGGACUUUACUCUUCCCCGGAAAAGGAAGACAAGAGGCAAAAUCAAAGCAGUGGGUAGCUUCACCCGAGCAAAAAAAGCUGCACUACAGAGUGCAGAGUUAGAUGCUCUUCUGAGUCAGAAGCUAAUGGAUCUUGAAGCCUUUUUUGCAAAGGAGGCUGAUCAGGAGCAGGCCUGAGGGAGCCAUUUAGCUGAAAAUGGUCCAAUCAGCUCCUUUAGUAUUUUAGUCCUGUUGGGAGAAAUCUACUGACUUCUUCAUACAUUACUCUACCACUCUGUUCUAAUCUCUGAUGAUCAGUUUUUGGCUGUGGCGCUCUUUAAGGUGCUAUUUUUUU